AUGCAAUUACGUGAUGAUAUGGCAUUUCUUCGCAGCAACAAGAUUCCUAAUGUGAUGAAUAAGCUGGGCAGUUCAUCAGUUGAUGAUGUACAAUCUUGUGGCAAUGAAAAGAUGCGUGAACUGAUGGAAAAGCAGUUUGGUUCAUCGGUUGCUGAUAUGCCAUUUUGUGGCCACAUGGUACAUAUUAUGUAUUAUGAGUUGUACCAGGCGGCUCGUGAUGAAAAUGAAGAUGCGGAUGGAUUUGUUCAUGUACUAGAGCAAAUAUGUGAGAAAAAUCAUGUUGACUUGGCCACUAUUUUCAAUCAUGUCACUCCCACAGGUGACUCGUUACUUCAUGUUGCAGCUGAACAUGGAAGUGAACAAGUUUUAUGUCUUAUUGCUUUUCACUAUCCUAAGCUUUUGUACAGGACAAAUAUGAAAGGUGAUACUCCGCUUCACGUUGCUGCAAGAGCGAAGAAUCUUUUGGCAAUUAAGAACAUUCUGGACAUGGAAAAACAUUUCAUGACAUCCCACUGGGUUGACUCUGUGGAUAGAACGGAGUUUAUUAUGUUACGCAACAAUUAUGGGAGGACAGCUUUGCAUGAAGCUGUUUUGAGUAAGGAUUAUUCUGUGGUUCUUUCCCUUUUAGUUGCACAUAAGCAAAGUGAUCUGGCCACCUAUUGGACCUGGAACUAUUAUUAUGAUUGUAAAUCGCCAAUGCAUUUAGCAGUUCUGAUGAGGGAUGAGAAUAUUCUUUAUCUUCUCUUGAGGUUAAUUCCAAUCCCCUCAGGCAAAGCCAUGUCAAAUGGCGACUCUCCACUUCAUGCUGCAAUAUUAGAACGAACCAAAGAUCUAUUGAAAAAGAUUGUUGAUACGAGAAAAGAGUUACUGUAUCAAAGAGAUGAGAACAACAACACUCCCCUUCAUUAUGCAGCCUACUCUGGUUACAUGGAAGGAGUUUGUAUAAUGUUAGAAACAUCUCCCAUGAUUGCUUUUCAACGAAACUCAGAUGGCAAUCUCCCAAUUCACCUCGCUUGCGAAAAGUUCAAUGUUAAAGUGGUCAAAAAGUUGCUUGAAAUAGAGUGGCCUAAUGAUGGACUUUGGUUGAAUAAUAAAGGUCAGAACAUUCUUCACAUUGCAGCAAUGAAGGGACGGACUCGCGUGAUAAAAUAUCUACUGAAGCAUCCCAACAUUCAUCAUGACACUAUCAAUGAGAGAGAUGUAAACGGAGAUACUCCCUUACAUUUGGCUUCAAGAGAAUUGCGUCUUUGGAGUCUACUCCUUCUAUCACAGGACAAAAGGAUCGAUGUGAAUCUAGUCAAUAACAAAGGCUUAACAGCUCGAGAUGUUGUUCAGACGCAAUGUAGGAUUCCAGAGACACGUCAAGAGUUUCUAGCACGUCUAAUUUUAUAUAAUGCUGGUGUGGACUUGAAGGCAAAUAUGCUGAGCGUGCCACUCACAAGAUCCAUCAAUAAAGAAUGGAAUGUAAAGGAUGCAGCCAACACACUCAUACUUGUGGCCAUACUCACAGCGACAGUGACAUUUGCAGCUGGUUUCACUGUACCAGGUGGGUUUUACUCAGCGGAUGGCCCAAUCCCAAAACAAAAGGGUAUGGCACUUUUGGCUGAUCAAACACUAUUCAAGAUAUUCAUGGCUUUUAACACUGUUGCUAUGUAUAGCUCCACCAUUGGCUCUAUCAUUCUUCUGUGGGUCCCAGGUGGAGAUCUUCGUUUUGCAACACUAGCAUACAUCCAAGCUAAGUUCUUUGUUUAUGUGGCCCUUAUAGCAAUGCCCGUUGCAUUUCUGGCUGCUAUACGUUUGAUUGUGAGCAAUAACACUAUUGUUGCGGACGUUAUCAGUGUCAUUGGAUUCAUUUCCAUUUUCUUAAUGAUGUUUAUUCGUAUUUUAGGAUUCAUUCCACUUGGAAGUCGCCGUCCCGUACUUAAGCAAAUCGUAGGCUUAUUUCUUAGGAUCAUUGUUGUUUUAAUCUAUGGAUGCUGUGAUCCUUGGUUCAGUGAUUUAGUAGGCAAAGCCAACCAAGUCGAUCAAGAUGAUGCCAAAAAUCAAAUCAAAUGA